CAGAUCACAACUCAUCCAAAGACUCAAAGCUCCUGGAGAGCCUGAUUCACCGAGUAUCUAGCCCAUAUUCUAGUAUCGUCUUGCUUAAGACAAGCCUAGUAUCCCUAAACCAGCAAGAUGGCAACGAUCCCACCCAUGCAUGCUGCACUUUCUGUGCUCGGCACUAUGGCUGGCCAGUACAUCGCCUCACAGGGACAAGCACCUCAAACUAAACAGCCUGUGCCCGCUAAUGUGUCUACCCAGUUCACCGGAACUGCGACUCUCGCAAUAUGUGACAUUUGUAAAGUCCGUCCCAAGUACUUCGAUGGACAGAAGACGCACUCGUACUGCGGGAAGACCUGCGCGACUGCAGGACAAACCAAGCAUGUUCCCAAGAGCAAACCUAAACGAAACAAGACCAGCAAAGCCACUCGCAGAUUGUGCGACCAUUGUCACAAGCAACCCAAGUACAAUGAUGGCACGACGACCCAUUCGUACUGCGGCAAAACCUGCGCACAAAAGGCGAAGGCUGCAGGAACGUCGGCUGCACAACCUACACAACCAACCAAUCCGACAGCCAAUGGUUGUUUGUUAUGCGGCAAGGCGGUCAAGGGCAAGGGUCACUUCUGCAGUCAGGCGUGCACCUCGAGGGCUGAGAUGAAUGCCCCAGGGCUCAUAGAAGUCCCACAAGGACACGAUACGUUCAAGAGCGUCGCUGACCAAUUUAAGGCAUCGUGGAGACAUCAAACUCCAUGCCCGACAGUUCGGAGGGUGCACAAAGUGAUCUCAUCGCCAGCCUCCAUUGCUAAAUACGAGGCAUAUCGUGCUGCUGUCGAGAGUCGCGGCAACUUUGUUGCAGCUGGGCGUUCGGCAGGGAACGAGAACCGUCGCUGGCACGGAACGACCAGGGAAUGCAAUCUGGGCGAUAAUGGCAACUGCACGUUGUGCCCAUCUCAGACAUGUUCUCUGUGCUGCAUUCUCAAGACGUCUUACAACCUGAAUCUCUUCGGCAAGAAGACUGGCUGGGGCCGGUUUGGUCACGGCAUCUAUACUUCGUCGACGUCAUCGAAAUCGAACGACUACUCCACGAAUGUUAAUCCAUCGAUGUUGAAGGCAAUAUUGCUAAACAAAGUGGUUGUUGGCAAAGGCCAUAAGAUGACCCAAGACAACACAUCACUGACCGCACCUCCAACUGGUUAUGACUCCGUCCUCGCGGAGGUGGUGAGUGGAGGAUCAUUGAAUUAUGAUGAGCUUGUAUGUUACACGAAUGACGCCAUCCGCCCGUCUUAUAUGGUUAUGUAUGAUGCAUGAGAGGAAUAGCACUUUCGGCCCCUCUGCAGACAAUGUGUAAUCAUUUAUCUAUUUUUUUCAACCUCGUGUUCAAUAGAAACACGUAGACUUGCGCUGGAAUAUCAUAGUGUUACGCACCGUGUAUCUUUGCAUGUCAUCGCUAAUAGGCUGAUCAGUCCACUUAUCCUAUGGUGUAUGGAGGCAACUUGACAUAUCGCCGACUACCAACAAGCAAGAGAAAAAAGUAU